GCAUCUUCACUAGCUAUGUCAGUGUAUGCCAAAGAAUCAAUCAAUUCCUUAAUAAAUGUAACAUCUACAUCCAUUGGGAGCCCAUCAAACACUCUUACAUUAUCACCAAUGUAAGUCAUUUCACCACCCUGGGGUAACCGAUUACUAUCAGGAAUAUUACCUCCGAUGACUGGAAGAGUGAAUAAAUUGCAAGUUUUGUAAGUUUAGGGAAUGAAGUACAACUUUGUUGUAAGUUUAGGGAGUGAGUGUGUAGUUUACUCUGUCCUUACCCUUAUACCCACCAUUCCCCAUUCCCCAUUCCCCAACGGCCAACACCGAAAAAUCAACAAAACCCCAUUUAACUAUUCAAUAGAUAUUUAAGUUGAAACAUAUUUCUCCAAAUUGAAGAUGAAACUAUGCCGUUUAAUCAGUAGAACAUCAAGCUUCUCAUUGAGAAAGGUAUGUUCUGGGUUAAAUUGGUACUCAACUCAGGGAAACAAAGGACUCUACAGAAGAAUAUUUCCAUUAGGUAAACCCUGUGAAUCACCUCCAUCAAUUCUUGAUCAAUGGAUUCAGGAGGGUCUUCCUGUUACUCAGAAUGAACUUCGUGUCAUUAUUAAACAGCUUCGCCAUUUUCGCCAUUACCAAUAUGCUCUUGAGGUAUCCAAAUGGAUGAGUGACAAAAGAUACAUGCAUCUCUUAAUUGGCGAUGUUGCUAUUCGUCUAGAUUUGAUUGCAAAGGUCCAUGGAAUUGAAGCAGCAGAGUAUUACUUUAAUAAUACUCCAAAGCAGAUGAGGACAGUUGAAGUUUAUGGUGCACUUCUCAACUGCUAUGCACAUGCAAAAUGUGUGGAUAAAGCAGAUGCUGUCAUGCAUAAGAUGAGGGAAUUUGGAUCUGCUGUAAGUACUGUGAAUUACAAUGCUAUGUUGAACGUUUACUACCAAACAGGAAACUAUGAGAAAGCAGAUGCCUUGAUUUGUGAAAUGGAGUCAAAACAUAUAACAUUUGAUAAAGUCACUUAUGGCAUCCUACUGCAUAAUUCUGGAGCUGAUUCCGAUGUUGAAGAAAUUGAGAAAGUUCUGACAAGAAUAGAAUCUCAUACUGAGUCCAAUAUUAGUUGGAAAACAUAUGCUGAUGCUGCAAAUCAAUUUCUUAAAGUAGGAUAUGCAGACAAGGCUUUGGAGUCACUUAGAAAAUCAGAAAAGUUGAUACUUUUAGAAAAGAACAAGAAUAAGGCGUUUUCAUGUCUCCUUACUCUUUAUGCAACAGCAGGAAAUAAGGAAGAAGUGCUAAGAACAUGGAAUGAACGCAAAAAAUUUAUGGUCGUUUACAACAGAGACUAUAUCUGCAUCCUGAGCUCAAUAUUGAAGUUUGAUGACAUUGAAACCGCUGAAAAUAUUUUCAAGGAAUGGAAAGCCAGUGAUCUCAACAAAGAUAUCCGUACUCCAAAUCUCUUGAUCAGCUUUUACUGCAGAAAUGGUCUAGUUGAGAAGGCUGAAGCCUUAAUAGAGAAUGUGAAUUUGGAAAAUUGGGAAAAACCUAAUGCAUCAACAUUGUUUUGGAUGUCAUUAGGUUAUUUCCAGAGGAAUCAGAUGCAAAAGGCAGUGGAAGCAAUGCAGUCUGCUCUCCUGAAAUUUAAGGCUGGAUCAAAUUGGAAGCUUAACAAGGAAAACACGGUGGCCUGUUUAAAGUACUUGAAAGAUGAAGGAGAUGUGGACCGAUCAGGUGAAUUUGUAUCCUUACUCAAGGACAAGGGAUUUAUAUCAGAGGAAGGAAGUCACCAAUUGCUUGCUUAUUUUUCUGAUAAAUAUGCAUUUGAUGAUGAAUCACUCGCCAGUGUUUUAGAUGGGAAUGAAGACUGUAUAAAGGUGCUGAACUGAUCAAAAUAUGUGCUUUAUCAUCAGAAAACGAAAUAGGAAAUCGUUAUCGCCCUCCAAUGAAAAAAACGAUGUGAUUUUUUUUGUAUUGCGGGUGCAUUGUGUACAACUGUGUUAGUCAUGCCAAAAAAAAAACAAUGGAACCAAAAUUUGUGGGGGGUUUUCUUUGGGUUUUUUUUAUUUUUAUUUUUAUUUUUAUAAAGUCAUUAGCUAGAUGCAUAAGAUUUACUCGAUUAUAAAACUCUAAGUAUAGUGUAUACGUGCCUUAACAAAUUGUAAUUGAUAACAAUUAUCUUGAUGUUCUACUUAUUGGACAUAUAAA